AUGGUUGGGUCAGGAAGUGUGGCUUGGGAGAAGCUAUGUAAGCCUAAGAAGGCUACAGGAAUUGGCUUUAUGAACAUUUCAGAUUGGAACCGAGCUGCUUUGAUUAAAAAUGUCUGGUCAAUUGCAACAAAGAAAGAUAACCUAUGGGUUAAGUGGGUGCAUAAUGUGUAUAUAAAACAUGAGGAGUGGUGGGGUUACAAUGCCCCAUCUCAUAGCAGCUGGUACUGGAGGAAAAUGGUGAACAUUAAAGAUGAAGUUAAACAUCUAAUGGAUCCUAUGCAAUUUACAUUAGAUACCUAUCAAAUUUCCUCUGGCUACAAGUUGCUUAAUCAGGUACAGGAGAGAUUCCACUGGAGUAAAGAGGUCUGGUGCAGGCUUAAUAGCCCAAAGCACAGCUUUGUGCUCUGGAUUGCAAUUCAAAACAGGCUUAAAACAAGAGAGAGGCUUCAUAGAUUCAACAUAACUAAAGAUUCAACUUGUAUCCUAUGUAAUGGAGCAGAUGAAACAGUUAAACAUUUGUUUUUCGAUUGCUCUUUCUCUCAAGACUGCUUACAACAGUUGAAAAAAUGGCUUGGAUGGAGAGCUCACACAGAAUCAUUACAAGGCCUUCUUAGAUGGAUAGAAAGGUCCAAGAAGAGAAAGUUUCAGAAGAAUGUUUUAGCUGCCUCUGUUGCAGCUCUGGUUUAUCAUUUAUGGCAGGCUAGGAAUAACAAAAUUUGGCAAUCAAGCAUUGUGACUCCUAAGCUGUUAGUCCAGGAAGAAAAAUGGCAAAUCAAUACUAGAAUAACUUGUGUUAUGCCUAGGCAUGUAGCUCAAGGAGAUAUGGCAUGGUUUGACUUAUUGUAA